CUUUUUUUAUUUCAUUGUCGCUAUUCCUAUCAUUCCCUUACACUGUACCAUUCUCUCUCUUCUUUCAAACCAAAGUGUGCAAAAUAGUUUCCAAUGCUUUGAGAAGAAAAGGGUUGGUUUUGGAGAGUAAUGAGAGAGUGAGUGAGUUAAGUUACAUCACAUUCACAUGGAAGAAGCAGAGAAGGAGUUAGAGAGAAGGAGCAAGUUUCUAAACAGUUUGAUACAGAACAAGAAGAAGAAAUCAACAGAACAACCAGAACAAAAACAAGAGAAAGAACAAGAACAUGAUUAUAAAAAUAAUAUUAAACUCAACAACAACAGCAUUCAUGUCAAAGCUUGUGACAUGUCUCUUCCUUUGCAGAAACAUGCUUUCCAAUUUGCACGUGACCAUCUUGAUUCUAUGCCUACUAAGAAGCCUGACAGUAAACACUUGGCACUCUCCCUUAAGAAGGAAUUUGACUCUUGUUAUGGCCCAGCUUGGCACUGCAUUGUUGGUACUAGUUUUGGUUCCUAUGUUACACACUCUGUUGGUGGUUUUGUGUACUUUUCCAUUGAUAAGGUUCAUAUCCUUCUCUUCAGGACAGCUGUUGCACCAUUGGACCAUUAAUAACUUCCACAGCUAUAAGUUAUGCAUCCUUUGAGGAAUUAAUUUCAAAGCUUUAAACCAGAUGAUAUGUAGAAAUUGAAACAUCAAAAGACAUUUUAUAUUUUGUGAUGUAUUUGAUGCACUUAUAUUUGGAUUUCUUAUGUGUGGAUCAGCACUUUAAAUGCAAAAUUUCUUCUGGCAACUAACAAGAUAUACACAUUCAUGUUGUUCGGAUUAGCACCAA